GUAUUUAUUUUUUUGAGAUUGGUUGAAGUUUCAUUGUUAUUCCCUGUUUCCUGGUCAUGGAGGUGAAUGUGAUUGAGACUGAUAAGCCCAAAAAAGCCAGAAAGAAGAGAAGGGAAAAAUCGCUUAAGGCUGAUUAAUUGUUAAAUUAUCAUUUCAAACUUAGAGUUUGUUCAAUUGUUGACUCAAAACAUGCCCAAAUUUUAGUAAUUAAUUCGGCCAAUUUUCGAUUUAAUCCAAUUUUUUAAUGGGCACAUUGUGCAGUAUUUUGUAUUUACAGAGACCGUUUCUAAAUCACAGCACUUUUCUCUCUACUAAUCAAAAUAAUCAUGGCCUUCCAAUUAAUAUCCAAGAAAGUCGCCGUUAUAGGCGGCGGCGCAGCCGGUUUAGUGGCGGCGCGUGAGCUUAAAAAGGAAGGUCACGAUGUCGUGGUGUUUGAGCGUCAGGCCCAGUUGGGUGGGACUUGGGUUUACUCGCCGGAGGUUGAAUCCGACCCGCUUGGACUUGACCCGACUCGGAAAAUUGUUCAUUCCAGUCUUUAUACUAGUCUUCGCACUAAUCUUCCUAGAGAAGCUAUGGGUUUUCGUGAUUUCCCUUUUGUUCCUUCUGGUAAACCAGACAGAGAUUCACGAAGGUUUCCAGCUCAUUGGGAAGUGCUACGAUAUUUGGAGGAUUUUUGUCGAGAGUUUGGAUUGAAUGAAUUGAUCCGUUAUCAGACAGAGGUGAGGCAUGUUAGUUUAGGGAUAGAUGGAAUGUGGAUGGUAAAAUAUAGAAUUGGUGGAGAUGAGAGCAGCAAUGUGGAUGAAACUUUUGAUGCAGUUGUCAUCUGCACUGGGCAUUUCACUGAGCCACGGAUUGCAGAUAAUAUUCCUGGCAUUGAACAUUGGCCAGGGAGGCAGAUUCAUAGCCACAAUUAUCGUGUUCCAGACCCCUAUCAAGAACAGGUUGUAGUUUUGAUAGGGAAUGCUUCUAGUGCUCUUGAUAUCAGUAGAGACAUUGCUGGGUUCGCCAAAGAAGUGCACAUAGCAUGUAAAAAUGAAGCAACAGGAAGAUAUGGAAAGCAUCCUGUUUAUGAUAACAUGUGGCUCCAUCCGGUGAUAGAAAGAGCUUAUGAAGAUGGUAGAUUAUCUUUUCAAGAUGGGAGUGUGGUUCAUGCAGAUGUUAUUCUCCAUUGCACAGGGUACAAGUAUCAUUUCCCUUUCUUGGAUAUCGACAGUGUUGUGAAUGUUGAUGAUAAUCGUGUGGGGCCUCUGUACAAGCAUGUCUUUCGUCCUACAUUAGCCCCGGGGAUCUCCUUCAUUGGCAUCCCAUCAGUUGUUCUCGCAUUCUUCCUGUAUGAACUGCAAAGUAAAUGGGUGGCAGGUGUUCUAUCUGGGCGGAUACUACUUCCAUCUGAUGAAAAGAUGAUGAAAGAUAUAGAAGCUUUCUACUCGGAAUUGGAUGCUAAGGAAGUUCCAAAGCGAUACACACAUAAGAUCCACGAUUUCAAGCGACUCUUUAGGCCAUUCGAAUACGAGGAUUGGCUUGCUGCAGAAUGUGGCAGCCCUCCUGCCGAGGAAUGGAGAAAGAAUAUGUUUUUUGCGACAGUGGUUCGCGCAUUUAGACAAAUGGAAACGUUUCGAGAUGAAUGGGAUGAUGAAGACUUAGUCUUGCAAGCACAUAAAGACUUUAUGCAAUACUUAUCUGCUGAUGGCAGGGUCAUAACAACUGCUUCAACAACUUGAUUUUGAAUUUUGUUUCUUUACUGGAAUAAUUGUAUUAUUUGUCCCUUAAUGAACAUAAUUACUUUUAUUGUUCGAUUAAAUAUUCCGUUACUUAUUGUUUGUUAUGUAAUUUGUGUAACCCAAUGAAUUACCUCAAGGAAACUGAUAACGAUACUUUGUUACUGAUCAUUUUAUUCCCGAAACAAAA